GCGCUAUUCGUUCAAUGAAAAGAGUUGAAUUGAUUUAUCACAGACGAGUUACAAGAGUGUCUUUCCAGUCUGAACCUAUCUAACGUUCAACAGUUCACAUUUUUUCUGUAUAAUUUGAAACAUACGACUAAGUUAUCUAUCCAUACCUAUAUCUCACUAUUGCUAAUUGUAAUAAUACUUUUUUGAGAAGCUAUGAAGUUAUCUGUGAUUAUAAUCACUUGUAUUCUAUCGUUCAACUAUGGAGAAUGUCGCCCCUCAACAGGGCCAUCCAUCAUAGCAUUACCAUUCAAUGCUGGAGAUGACGCUAAUGCAAUAAUAUCAGCGAUGGAGAAAUCAUCGUCAGACAAUAAGGAUAAAAUCGUCGAUAUUCUUAUGAGCAAAACAAUCUCACAGCGAUUGGAGAUAGGAGCAGCAUAUGAAAAUACCAAGAGUGAUCUAGUAAAGGAUUUCAAAAAAGACAUUGGAAAGUACUUUGAUGGAGGAAAGGACAGUGACAAAAAUAUGUUGGAAAUUUUGAAGACUACUCCUGAAUUCUUGGCCAGCAGGAUAAAUCGAUCUGUGAAGAAAGAUGGUUCUGAUGGUUACUUGUCAAUUAUAAUAACUAGUAGUUCCGAAAUGCUAAGAAAUGUUAGCAUCGCUUAUAAAAAAGAAUAUAACCAAGAGAUGGCUAUGGACAUUUCCAAACAUUUAGGCGAAACUGAUUUGGCUGGAUUUGUUUUUAAAUUGACUUCAUAUAACAUUGAUUUGCAACGAUCGGAUCAUGCCAAAGUAGAUGAUGAAUUAACGAAAAAACUUGUGAAUGUGAUGCCAAAUACAAAAAAUGAUUGUUCGGUGGAAAUUUCAAAAGAUUUCUAUGAAAUGAUGCAGAAAGAGAGCUUUGCCCAAAUCAAGGCGGUUGGAGAAUUAUUCCAGCAAAACUCCGGCAGCCUUGCCGUGGACACUAUCAAGAAAUAUUUGAACUUUUCCAUGGACCCUUUCAAAUACUUCGCACAUGAAAUGAAUGAAGAUAUAAAGGGAGAUAAUGAUGAUGAAGAUUCCGCUUGUCCAAGGAUUUUAAUUUCUAGGAGUGAGAUAGAUAUGGCUGAUAUCCGAACUGCCUACGAUGCAGCUUAUGAGAAUGGACUUGAAUGGGCUCUAAGGAAAUAUUACAAGAAGAGAGAACAAAUGAUUUUGACGGCAUUAGCUAAUGGAAACCAGCCUUAGCAAAAACAAAUACAUUUGAAGAUAAAAAAAAAGAUUAAUCCUUCUCUUCAAAGAAAAAUGUAACUUUUCAGAAUUCUGUAUUGUACACUAUCAAUAUAUAAACACCAAUCAAUC